GUAAUAUUCAAGAUUGAAACUUUAGUUUUAAGAACUUGGUAGAGCGGUUUUUCCUGUAACAAGUAAUUUUUCGGACAUAUUUUAAAAAUGGCUCGACAAAAUGUUUUAUUCUUAGCUAUUUUAUUAACGUUCAUAUCUCUUACUCAAGCCCAUUGGUACGGUAAACGAGCUGAUAAAGCAGAUUAUAUUGGAACAUUUCUGCGACAGAGAUUAGAAGCAAUGCCAUCCACAAGAUUAGAUUCAGAUGAUUACCUAGCUGCUAUAGGAGAUAUUUUAAGAAUGUGGCAAACACAAAAAGCACAAGCGUCUUUAGAAGGUUCAUUGAAAUCUCGGAAAUAAAUCUGUCAUCUUAAAGAUUAUUUGGAAUUGUCCCAACUGUAUAUAAUUCUACCAUUCAUUUACAUUUUUCUCAACGCUUCUUAGUGUCAUAGAAACCAAAACAGGAAAAUCCAAAACCAUGUUAAUUUUUUGUGCUGAUGAAGUCCUCAGAACUUGUUGCUUAUUAUGACGAUACAUACAUAGAACACCACAAUGUCUGCGUUAUAUUUUAGUUAUAGUUCCGAAAGACAUUACUAAUGUAUAUAUCAUAAGAAAGUGUACUGUCAUUUAAAACCUACAUAUAAAUAACAAAUCCUAAAUAACAUUACUUUGGUUAUAAAAAGUCAAAAAUGGCAAUUCAACCUAGAAAUGUUAUCCAUUGCGUUUGAAAAGUAAGUAAUCUGUUUUAAAAUUGAAAAUAUUAGUUUUAGAAUGUUAUGCACAGAUACAUAACAGUUCCUUCCCAUUCAAAAUUUAAAUCUAAUGUAGCUUUGCUGCAUUUAAAUAACGUUUGUAACUCUUAGUAUAUGAUAAUUCUUCUGGAUGUUCAUCUACAUUGUAAUAAAGGUUAAACCGAAGAAGCUUUUCUCUGUUAUUGAAUUAAAUAAAUCUAAAUAUUU